AUGGAGAAAUACAAUAAACUAAAAUUAAUCGGUUCUGGAGCUUUUGGUCAAGCAUGGCUUGUUCAACCGAAAGAAGAAGAAAAAAAAUUCGUUAUGAAAGAAAUAAAAAUUGCUAAAAUGGUCAAAAAAGAACGUGAUGAUGCACGAAAAGAAGUUAAAGUUCUCAGUGAAAUGAAACAUCCAUAUAUUGUUUCAUAUAUCGAUUCAUUUGAAGAUCCAGUAAGUUUAUUUAUCAUAAUGGAUUAUUGUGAUGGUGGUGAUUUACAUUCACGUGUACAAGCUCAACGUGGAAUUUUAUUUAAUGAAGAUCAAAUACUUGAUUGGUUUGUACAAAUAACUCUUGCACUUAAACAUGUUCAUGAUAGAAAAGUACUUCAUCGUGAUAUUAAAUCACAAAAUGUUUUUCUAACACGUGAUGGUUCAGCAAAAUUAGGCGAUUUUGGAAUCUCAAAAGUUUUAAAUGCUACAUGUGAUUUUGCACGUACACAAAUAGGUACACCUUAUUAUUUAUCACCUGAAAUUUGUCAACAAAAACCAUAUAAUAAUAAAUCAGAUGUUUGGAGUCUUGGUUGUGUUUUAUAUGAAGUAACUACUCUUAAACAUGCUUUUGAUGCUAAUAAUAUGAAUGGUCUUGUUAUGAAAAUUAUUCGUGGUUCAUUUAAUCCUAUUCCACCGAAAUUUAGUGGUGAUUUACGAACUUUAAUAGCAUCUAUGCUUAAACGAGAACCUCGCGAACGUCCAUCUGUUAAUACAAUUUUACGAAAACAAUUCAUCUAUCGACGUAUUCCAAAAUAUUUAGCAGAAGAAGUACAUCAAGCUGAAUUUAAUCAUACUGUUUUACAUGGUCAAAGAUUAUCUGUUGAUCUUGCGCAUCCAAAUCCACCGCCAAUAUCUCGUCCAUCGGGAGUUCCAAAAGCAAAUGUUAUGCCUCCUCCUCCUGCACCAGUUUCGGCUCGUCCAAAUUCGGUAGCAUCAAAAGCAUCACCUUACGAACCGAUGAAGGCAUAUGGAGGUGCAUCACCUAUGAAACGUCCAGUCUCCGCAAAUCCUACUGCUGCCAAUCGGGGAUCACAAGAGAGAAAGUUGAAUGAAGCUAAUCGAAAAUCGAUUAUAUCUGCUGAUAAAGAAAGUGAGAUAGACAAACGACGUAAAGAACCUGCCAAACAAAAAGAAGCACGAGAAAAACAAGUUAAAGAAGAAGAAGAGAAUUUAGCAAAAAAACAAAAAGAAUUAAUUGAAAAAGGGAAACAAGCACUUAUCGAUCGUGAUCGAGAACGUAGUCGUUUGCUGUUAAGUCAUAGUACUCCGGAUCUACCAGGCAUAAGUAACCAACGUGCUACACCACCAGUAGUCCUACAGCCUAAAAUGAAUCAAGUAUCUACUCCUUCAUCAGCUAGAGAACCAGUUGCAGCAUCACCGAUUCCUAAUGUAGCAAAAGCAGUUAAUCAACUUCAAAAACCUAAUCCUCACGUUCAAGUAUAUCGAACACCAGUUGCCGGUAAUCAAAAUUUACGUCCAACACCAGGUGCAAAUGUUGGUCGACCAGCAGCACUAAGAAAUGAAUAUCUAGAAAAUAAACGUCAAGCUCAAGCGAACAAAGCUCGUGGACAAGGUUACGGUGCGGGAGCAGCUGCUGCUAUUAAUCCUAAUGUUGGUGGUGUUGGUCAAGUAGCUGCUGAAGUGAAUCGAAAUCUUGAAGAAGUUCGUCGAAAAAAUCUUUUAGGUAAACCAGAAGCAAUUGGAAAACCUCCGGCUGCAUUGAAAAAAUUACCUAUAAAUAAACCAACUAGUAAUAAUCAAGUCGAUGAAAAAUAUCGUUCAGCUUACGAUCAACAAGUUGUUCUAGCUCAAAAAGAAAAAGAAAAACAAGGUCAAGAAGCUUUAAAAAAAAUAGAACCAGUCAAUAAUAAGCUGACCGAAGUAUUAAAUGAUAUUGGUGUUCGACCAUCUUCUAGUUUGGAUCAAGAGAAAAAGAAAGCUAUUUUACAAAAUGUUAAUGAACGAAGUGUUCGAGAAGCUUGGCAAGAACAUGGCGGCCCACCAAAAUCUCGUUCACAAUGGAAUCAACAACCAGCGCUAAAUUCAGCAAUUCUUAAUCGUCAAUCUAUAAUGAUUGAUACAUGUUUAACUGAUUUAAAUGUUCAAGGACAAGCAAUAAAUAUAGGCAAUGUAAAUACACCUAAUCGAUCACAAUGGGGUAGUGGACCACGAGGUACAAUUAUUAAUGCACUUGAACAUGCGAAUGUUUAUGAUCAUACAAUGUCAAGUACAAUGAACACUGAAACAUCGAAUAUUAAUUUAACAGCAUUAGCAAAUCGAGUUAAUCCAAAUAGAAAAAAUGAAACUUAUAUUAUAAGUAGUACAAAAUCAGUUACUUCUUCUAAUCCUACAAUUGAUAUAUCAAAAAAACCGACCAUAGAAAAUGAUUUAGUUGUAGAAGAAUUGAAAGAAACAUUAAAAUCUCAAUCGAAACAAGACAAAGAAUUAAAAACUAAAAUAAUACCAGACAAAGACGAACUCGUUCAAUGUUUAACAACAGGACGUUUUGAUGCUAAGAAUAAACGACUUCUUCGUACAGUUUCAAAUCCUGAAUUACAUAAAAUUGAUGAAUUACCUGAAGAAACAUUGAUUGAAUCAAGAAAAUUAAAUCGAAGUUUAACUGAUAUUAUUCAAUCAUCUCAAGAACCAUCAUUUUCAAGUAAUACAAAGAAAACGAAUAUAACUAAGAAUAGUAAUGAUUCAAAUACAAUUGAUGAAAAAACAGAAUCUGAUGAUGAAGAUGAUAUACAUACAUUAACAUUAGCUUUACAAAGCUAUUUAGAUGAUGAUGAUGAUGAUGAUGAAAAUGAAAAUGAAAUAAAACAUUCAGCAAGUGAACCUGUGAUAAAAACAGAUAAAUCAAAAGAAUUAAUAAUACAAAAUGAUGAUUAUAAUGAUGAUGAUGAUAUUUGGUGUAAUCAAGAAGAUGAAGAUAAUCUUGAACAUCGUGUUCAACUUGAUCGAGAAAAAGAAAAACACUUACGUGAAGUUCUUGGUGAUGAAACAUUAGAAAUCGUUCGUGAAGCACUUAAAAAAAAUGAAGGAGAUACACAAACUUUAUGUAGUCUUUUACCAGAAGAUAAACGUUAUUUAGUUGAUACAGAUAUUUUAUUAACAUUGAUUACAAUGAACGCACGAUCUAUGUCAAAAUAA